AUGCCAUCUUUUCGCCUCUGGCUUUCCUCGGCACUCGCCUUCGCGGCGAUUGUGAGGGGUCAAGAUGCCACAGCACAGGUUGAGGCAGCUCUCGCGGCCCUUACUGUUACCAACGUCGACGACGUUCGUGGUAACCUGUACCUGCCAACUGCCAUCAACGGCAUCAACAUUACAUGGGCGAGCAACGCGUCUUCAAUCAUCUCGGAUGACGGCGUUGUGAAAAGGCAAACUGAAGAUGCUCAAGUCGCUCUCACCGCCACGAUCGAAUAUGACGGCGUGAGUCAACAGAAGGAUUUUGUUGCAUCUGUCCGCAAAGCCGUUGUGCUUGACCCCUUUGAGGGAUACGCCUUCUCUUAUUUCACUGGAAGUACAACUGCCGGAGAGAAUAUUUUCUUCGCUGCUAGCCAGGGCAAUGAUGCCUUGGACUGGACGGAGCUGAACGGCGGCCAACCCACCUUGACUUCAUCCUACGGCACAAAAGGUCUUCGGGAUCCGUUCCUCAUUAGAUCACAUGAAGGCGACACCUUUUAUCUGAUCGCGACUGAUUUGUCGAUUGGUUCCGGUACAUCCUGGGGCGACUCCGUCAGGAUUGGGAGCCGAUACCUCGAAGUUUGGGAGUCAAAUGAUCUCAUCAACUGGUCUGCCCAGCGUCAUGUCCUGGUUUCCCCUCCCGAAGCAGGAAACACCUGGGCUCCGGAGGCUUACUAUGACGAGGAUCUUGGGGCAUACUUGGUUUUCUGGGCUUCGUCUCUGUACGAAGACAGCGACGUAAACCGCACUGGUAGCACCUACCACCGCAUGCUCUACGCAACAACUCGAGAUUUCGUCACCUUCAGCGAUACGCAGGUUUGGCAAGACGCCGGUAUGUCGCGCAUCGACUCGACUGUCAUCAAGUCCGAUGGCACUUAUUACCGUUUCACCAAGGAUGAGGGUGCGAGCGGCACCGGGUGCAGCGAUAUCAUCCAAGAAAGCUCAGCAUCCCUCCGUGCUACCCUGGAGUCAUGGACCAUCAUCGAUUCUUGCAUCGGCAAGAAAGCCGGAACCAGCGCCGUCGAGGGACCGACCUCUUUCAAGUCCAACCCAGGCGAUGUGCACGGCGAGAAGUUCUACCUCUUCGUUGAUGAAUACGGCGGCCGGGGUUACAUUCCCCUGGAGACUGCUGACAUCGGCAAUCCCGAUUGGACUGUAUCGAGCUCUUACAAUCUCCCUUCAAGCCCGCGUCAUGGCACCGUUAUUCCAGUCACUGCAGGCGAACUUGCUGCACUGACAGGAACAACAACAACUCGUCGAGAUGUCAGCGCAGAUGGAGAAAUCCUUCGCUAUGACUUCUCCUCGGUUGACGGUACCACAGUUCAGGAUGUUUCGGGUAAUGGCAAUAACGCAGUCAUCGAUGGCGGAGCGACCAUCACCGACGGCGCUCUGACGUUCGACGGCGUUGAUGACUAUGUCAAGUUGCCUGACAACAUCAUCGCUGGUGUCACAAACAUCGCAAUUGAGGCAAAGGUUCUCGUCGACGCUUCUCAGCAGACGCCAUACUUUAUCUACGGUCUUGGGAACACGGUGUCUGGUUCUGGAAACGGCUAUCUCUUUUCCACCGGAAGCCCAUACAGGGCAUCGAUCACCACCGGCAACUGGACGGUUAUUUACCUCAAUGGCUACGAGGUUGCGAGAAAUGAGGAUGUCAACAUCAAUCCAAGCAACAUUAGUAACGGCGUCACGACUGCAAACUACAUUGGCCGGUCGCUUUACGACAGUGACAAGCCUUUCAAGGGCCAGGUUAAGGAAUUUGCCAUCUUCAACAGGUCUUUGAGCGCAGCUGAAGUUCUUUCCCGCUCAGGAAACGUCGGUGCCAUCACUGAGGUUGCCCUUGCCGACAGCACUGCCCAAAAGGUCCCCCCCAUCAUCAACACCACCGACAACAAGGUCUUAUUCCCCGUUUACCCGGGCACUGACCUUACCAAGCUGGCUCCGGUUUUCACGACUACGGAAGGAGUGACUUCUUCCCCCGCGUCCGGCACACCUGUCGACCUUACUUCCGAGGUCAAGUACGUCUUGACCAAAGGCGAUGAGGUCGUGGGUAAGUGGGAGAUCAAGGCGGUUGAGAUGGGAAGUCCUGUUCUCCCGGGUUUGUAUGCCGACCCGAACAUCGCCGUAUUCAACGGAGAAUACUAUCUCUACGUGACUACCGAUGGUGUUCCUGGUUGGGGUGGGAACAAGUUCUACGUCUGGAAGUCGAGUGAUCUUGUCACCUGGACCCGAAGCGAAGACCCCUUCCUCGUUCUCGACGGAGCUAACGGCAACGUUCCUUGGGCCAAUGGCAAUGCCUGGGCCCCAACAAUUGCCGAACGCGACGGAAAGUAUUACUUCUACUUCAGUGGAAACAAUAUCGCCUUGAACACGAAGACCAUCGGCGUUGCUGUGGCUGACUCGCCCGAGGGCCCAUUCACUGCUGAGCCGGAAGCAAUGAUUCUCAACAACGAAGCUAUCACUGCUUCUCAAGCGAUCGACCCAGCUGCUUUCCAGGACCCUGUCUCUGGCAAGUACUAUAUCUAUUGGGGCAACGGCCGUCCUCUUGUGGCCGAGCUCAAUGAUGACAUGGUGUCGGUCAACUGGGAUACACUGCAAGCCAUGACGGGGCUGGUGGACUUCAGAGAGGGCUUGUUUGUCGUUUACCGCCAAGGCCUCUACCACCUUACCUAUUCCAUUGACGACACGGGAUCUGAAAACUAUCGUGUGGGAUACGCCACAUCUGAAAACUUCUCUGGUCCUUGGCAAUACCAGGGUGUUAUUCUGCAAAAAGAUACCUCCCAGGGCAUCCUUGGCACCGGCCACAACUCCAUGUUCAACGUUCCUGGUACUGACGAUUGGUACAUUGCAUACCAUCGCUUCCAGAUUCCUGGCGGUGGCGGCUACAUGCGCGAGACCACUAUUGACCGCGUUUACUUCGACGAGAACACCGGUCUCAUCAAACCUGUUGUGCCGACACUCACCAGUGUUGAGCCGCAGACUGUCCCGCAAAAGAUUCGUAGACGGUCAAGGAUUAUGCGUUUGUAA